AUUCGGUUAUGACGGAGCGAGCGGACGGAAGCUUUAACAAUGUUUGUUUUCUACCCUCCCUCGGGACAUAUUGAAUCGAAACGCGGGAUGAACGCAAGCAAAGAGCAGAACGUCGAUUUCGCAGUUAGUGAUAAGUGAAGCGUUGACGCGUUCGGUUGUGGGAAGAAAUAUCAACAAGAAACCAAACCGUUAGGAGGUUGUGAACACUUAAAAGUAACGUCAGAGUUUUGGGAAAGACAGUAUUUCGAAGCAUUUUGCGCCCGUCAGACAAGAAGAGCAGGAAGACAAGACUUGACCGUGAAACGAAGAGUGCGUAAACCAAAACUGAGCAUUCCUUGGAUAAAAAAUAAAUCUGUGCCGGAUUACCGAGUUGAAACGUGCCGCGACAGUUAUUGUGGUAAUUAUUUUACGAAGGAAACUUCUUCGGCGAUAGCGCCCGUAGUGCAAAAUUAUAGCGGGAAAGCUCUCCAAAGCUCCGGUGCCGAUUUGUUAAAGUACAUGUGACUGUGUUAACUAAAAGUUUCUGGUAACAUGGCCAACGAAGUAGAUAAUCAGUUGGCUGAAAACGUCCGCGAAACGGAUCGAACCGUUGCUGGAAGCGAAGGGGAGAAAGUCGUACUGAAACGUAAGAUCACUCUGAUCAAUGGAAUAACUAUCAUCGUCGGUACCAUCAUUGGUUCUGGCAUUUUCGUUGCACCAACCGGUGUGUUCUUCUAUACCAGAUCUAUUGGCUCUUCACUCGUCAUUUGGACCCUGAGCGGCGUUCUCUCAACCCUUGGAGCUCUGUGCUACGCCGAACUAGGAACAUGCAUCACUCGAUCCGGGGGCGACUACGCCUAUCUACUUGUUGCGUUCGGGCCACUUGUUGGAUUUCUCCGGCUUUGGAUGGCACUUCUCAUCAUUCGACCUACCACGCAGGCGAUCGUUGCGCUGACCUUCGCAGAAUACGCUCUGAAACCUUUCUUCCCGGAUUGUGAUCCUCCGAAAGACGCGGCCCGGUUGCUAGCUUCGGUAUGUCUAUGCUUCCUGACGGCCAUCAACUGCAUUUCCACCAAAUGGGCCAUGAAGAUUCAGGACGUGUUCACACUGGCGAAACUGACAGCACUGAUUUCGAUAAUCCUGGCUGGAGUAUUCUUUAUGGCGACUGAAGAAACAGGACACUUCGAAAACGCAUGGGAGGGUGAUUACACCCUGUCAAAUGUGGCCUAUGCAUUCUACUCUGGUCUGUUCGCUUUCGGAGGUUGGAAUUAUUUGAACUUCGUUACCGAGGAGCUAGAAAAUCCAUACAAAAAUCUUCCUCGUGCCAUCUGGAUUGCCAUGCCAAUGGUAACCGGAAUCUAUGUUUUCGUCAACAUGGCAUAUUUUGCCGUAGUUCCUGGCGAUGCCAUCCUCGCCUCGAUUGCUGUGGCCGUUAACUUCGGCAACCGGAUGUUUGGCUCAGUCGCAUGGCUAAUACCCAUCUUCGUGGCCAUGAGUUGCUUCGGAGGCGUCAAUGGAAUCUUGUUCACUUCGGCCCGCCUCUUUUCGACCGGUGCCCAAGAGGGUCACCUGCCAGCAUGGUUUUCUCUGGUGCAUGUUAACCGUCAAACGCCAAUUCCGGCGCUCAUUUUUACCUGCGCAACAUCUAUUUUAAUGCUGGUUUCGGCUAAUGUUGUUGGACUUAUCAACUAUUUCAGCCAAAUACUAUGGCUCUCCGUUGCAGCCUGCGUAGCUGGUCUUUUAUGGCUUAGGGUUGCCAAACCAAAUAUGCCGCGACCGAUUCGUGUAAACCUUGCGGUACCGAUAACGUUCCUCACCUGUUGUUUGAUUCUGGUGAUGCUUCCUUCGCUUAAAGAACCAAUGAAUCUCAUAAUCGGCCUAGGCAUUACCUUGUCCGGAGUGCCUGUCUAUUACAUCUGCGUUGAUCGCAAAAAUAAGAAAAAUCGACAAUCACGUAACUUUCUAAUGGCUUGGAUUGAGCGAGGCUGCCAAAUACUUUUCAAUGCGGCUUUCGUGGACUGCCACCACGAUCGCAAAAACGACCGGGAAAUGUCUGACAUGCAAACCAGUAUCGUGGACGAGAAGAAUGUCUACAACUAAGUUAUCGGUUAUGCUUCACCAACAUCAAAGGACGAACUUUGCUUCCAAUUUUUUAUGGUCAUAGAUUCGGUUCAGAGAAGGAGCAUUUACUCACAGGUUAAAUGUAUUCGCAUUAGCUAUUUGAGAAACAGGAAAAGCUUUUUUAAUUAGUUUGUAGUUAUUUUAGUAUAGGUUUAGACAUAUUGGCUGAAACACAAAAUACAACGCGUUUUUUUUUCGAGAACACUAGUGAGAGAUAAUUUCAACUGCUUUUGGGUAGGCAGAUAAUGCAAAGGAUGGCACUAUAUACUACAAUCAUCAAUAUUGAUGUAAGAUCUGAACAUGAACAAACAUAUAUACAAAAAAUGAUAAAGCUACAUUAUUGAUUGUUGAAUCUUUACAUAUAGUUGUAAUAUACAUCUACAAGUAUUUGUGUACUUAAUAAAGAUCUAUUAAAUGUG